AUGCGACGCUGGUGUCGUGGCUGGGUAGCUAUUCUCUUUUGUUUGUUGCUUGCACUUGUAUCCGUUGAGUUGGCUGGAGCGCUGAUUCUUGAUCUAGAGCGCCAGGCGGUUCAAGUAUCAGAGCUUUUCUCUCUCGAUUCGUUCAAUUUCAGUGCGUGUCCAUGCAGUCUGCCGUUCGAGAGCCUCCGCUCGUACCUUGUGCUGAGCGAGGGUUCGUCUGCGUCUGCUGAAACGAGCUGGUCGCUUCUCAGCGAUGGAACGUUACUAUACGAGCCUGGGCCUGCGGGCAGUGGAAACGCAACAUCGAACACGACGAUCCUGGAGUCAACAGAUUUCGAAGGUGCCCUUGCGCUGUUUGUUAACAGCACCGCUAUAGCGCACUGGACCGACUACACCGUGACAGCCGCUGUUAACGCUUCGGCCAACAGUAGUACUGUGGGUAUCGUUGCACGUGCACGGGAUGUGAGCGAUUUUUAUCUGCUGCUUUGGACGGGUCCGAAUCAGACACUGACUCUGGAAAGACUACGACCCGGCUUUCAGGGGCGUACGCUCGCGACAUCGAAUGCCACCAGUGUUCCGAGCCUGAACGCCAGCGACUCCUUCAUCCUAACACUUACCGCCAUUGGACGCGGAUUCCAGGCGAGUCUGAACGGUUGGAGUCCAUGGGGCACCCUUGUGGAUACAGCUACAGACGCAAUGCUCUCCGGAACCAUAGGAUUGUUUGCCUCCGGCGAUAGCCCACUGCUUUUCCAGAACUGGACCGUAGACGGUACCGUGCAGGUUUCAGCGGCAACACCGGCUGCAUCUCCGCAGAGCAUCAAUCCUGUGCCCUCAGUGGAACCGUCACCCGCAUGGAUCACCCCGGUGAACGAGACGCACGGCAUUCGUCUCGCCUAUACUCUCUAUUUCCCAGCGAUGAACCUGAGCGAUUACGCUGGUGCUAUAGAUGUUGUGAUUCGGUCGGCAUUAGAUACUCGCCUCGGCUUCCAAACGACGUGGCUUGUGGGCGUGCGAGCGGGCUCCGUCUACGCGUCCUACUACAGUCUCGUUACGGACUCGAGUCCGUACGCAAGCGCGAACGGUACAGCGCUCGCAUCCGCUCGUUUGCAGUCGUAUGUGUGUGGUGGUAGACUCACGUUCGAUACCGGCAUACUGGCGACUUGCCCCAGCGGGACGAUAGACGUAGCAGAAGUUGCUCCUACAGCGGAACCAGCACCGUCGUCGUCGUCGUCCUCGCAGCAGCAGCAGCAGGGAUCUUCAUCCUCUAGCAGCAGCAGCAACGCUGGUGUCAUCGGCGGUGUGGUUGCCAGCGUCGUCCUUGGUUUGGCAGCCGUACUCGGGGCGCUCUACUACGUCUACCGACGUCGUCAGCGGCAGCGAAACAAUGCCAAACGGAGGCUUCAGAGAGCAGACGAUGAAGAAACAGAGCUCGAAAAGCGAACAACCCUGUCCAUCGCUGCGCUUUCCAGUGCCUGUGGCACCGUUGGCGGUGGCGGUGGUGGCACGGCCCCCGACAAGCACUCCAUACCACCGCAGCGUAGCACUGGUCCGAAGCGUCCACCAGAGACGCCCGGCGUCUCACAGACCCUACGAUCGACUCCCAGUCUGAGAGAGGCUCUGCGUAUGCGCUUCGUUGGGGCCACGUUCGGGAGUAUCCGCCCGCGACACGGCUGCUGGGAAACGCUCGUUUUGGAUGCACGUUGCACACAUAUCCUCGCCGCUGUCUGCCGUUUAUCGGAUCUUGCUGACCACGGGAUCACUGGCGUUGAGUCCCUCGAAGAAGCGGCACAGCUGAAGAACCUGCCGUCGCGAACGAACACCAUCUUCCUGGUUACUGGGGACGAUACCUCGCUCGCACAGGUCGCACAGGUGUGCACAGGGCUCUCACCGCGAGCCUCAUCAUCGACGCCAACACCAACGUCGACUCGACACCAACGCCGUUUCGACGUAUUGCUCUUGGCUAUCCGGUCGAUAACGAGUCCGUUGCUCGAUGUAGUCCGAACAAGUCUAGGCGGGAUGCACGCCAGUUUGCAAGUUAGGGAGCUCCAUGCCGACCUAGUCCCAAUCGAUGACUACGCGUUCUCUUUCGAGCUGCCGGAGCUUUUUGGAACGUUCUACGGUCGGAACACCGGACCAUCCGGUAACAGGCCGGAGCAAGGCGACUCGAGUACCCAAUGGAAGCGGGCAUGCAAGCAACUGGGUGAUCAGCUCGCCUCGGUAUUGCAAAUCCUCGGGCUUGAGCUGCCAAAGAUUGAGAUCCAUACCACCCAUAUUGCCAGCAGCGUCGCCAUGGGUAUUGCGGACGCGCUUCGUGCGGCUAUGAACGCGGAAACGUCCCGGUCUACCGCUGAAGCCGUCUACGUUACGGCUUCUGUACCAAGCGCUUGUACAGAAGCACCGUCAGACGAGCUGCGAGCAGCAGGUACUGGUACUUCUCGCAGCCGGUAUCGUCGCCGCAGCGUCCGUCUCGUGCUCAUUGAUCGAGCGACGGACCCGCUGACACCACUGCGACAUGAUCUCGCGUACGAUGCCUUCUUGCACGACAUGUUCCCGGUUCCGGUCGAUAGUCAUCCAACGAGUAUUGUGGUCAAGCCGCAGCGUAGUUUGUUCAAGACAACGUCGAUCGGGAGCAUACCGCUGACUUUGAAUACGCCUGACGAUCCAACGUGGCUGCGUUUGCGCUAUCUCGAUAUCCACGAGGCAGCAUCGAGUGCACAUGUUGAACUGGACAGGUUUCUCAUAGAGACUGGACACGCCAGUCAGUCGAGUCAGCGCGAGUUCGCGCUGGGCAGUGCUCGCUCCAGACCUCGAAACGAGGGGUCAGCCAACGCGACUCUCGGUGACAAGUCUGUAGUCGAAUAUCAGCGAGUGGUCGAACGACUCAGCUUCCACCUGGAUCAGCUUGAAAAAUGCACCGCCUUGUACCAGUCACGCUACAUGGCGAGUAUCGUACAACUCGAGGCGAUUCUGGUGACAGGCAAGGAUCCCCGGAGCGGCAAAAAAGUACGACGCGCAGAGCAGCAGCAACAAGUUGAGGCCCUGCUCCAACAGCCCAACGUUGAACCCUCCGCCAAGUUGCGUCUUAUCCUCCUCUGGGUAGCGUGCCGCGGUGCAGACGCGAACCUGCUGGUACGCUGGAUGGCCAAAGCCCAGAUCGACGACCGCGGUCGAGCCAGCCUUCGUGCCUUUAUCGAGUGCCUGCGGGCAGAGCGUCACAGUGCAGAACCAAUCAAAAGACAGCGACGAGCUCGUGAUGGUGCACCGCUGUUGCUCGAGAUUCUCGGUCGCUGUGCAGCCGCAGGAAACACAUCUGAAAACCCAGUGUCGCCUUCGAUCGACUCGAGUCCAGGAGCAGACGCUACCUCGACGAGCACGUCGACGGCAGCCCGUGCCUUCAUGUCGACGACAGCGGCGCCCUCAACCACACACACCAGAACGCAACGGUACCAAGAAUAUCUCCCGUCUGGACUGCAAAUGAGGACGCCUCCAGUACGCAGCGGACAGCCGAGCCCAUUACAGUCGAUAGGUAGCGUCCUUGAGCAGGAUGCGCUGCUCCCGACAGGCGCCCAUGUCUCUCAGUCCGCUAUGGAGAUUCGUUCGGCUUCGAGCGAACAUGAUGCAUGCCGCAACUGCGCUGCUUCGUCGACGAGUGCGUUGGUGGAAGCACGCCCCGUGAGCACCCAGUCGAGUGCACCAUCCCAGGAUGUGCUGAUGAUCUUUUUUAUUGGCGGCCUUACGCGCACAGAGUGUCGGAUAGCGGCUACGUUCGCACGGCAGAUGCCGAACCUCGACGUCUACAUAGGCGGUACGCAUCUCCUGACGCCGAGUCUCUUCCUCGACAACUUGGCUGACCUCGUUCACAAGUCCAAAGUCGCCGAGUCCAUUUGA